ACUAUUGUCUGUGAGGUCUAACUGAACACUUGUUAGAGGUGAUUUGUGUACUGCCGGAACAUUAUCCAGGCUCUAUUAGGUCCAUUCAUUUGAAACAUAUCUCACAGAACUUUUAUCAAGCUCAAUUAACCUUGUAGAGUUUUUAAAUUAAAUACAUACAGGCAAUAUUAAAAUUUGUGUACUACCAGCUUUAUUAGAAACAUCUUACGAAGAUUCAUAAUACUGUCAGAUUAGUUGAAACGGUACGUCACUGAGCUUCAGAAAACUUCCUUACAAAUAACGAUAUGGAACCCAGCAUGAAUGACUUACUGAGUUGGAACAACACGGUCUUCUGUGGUUUAGCGUUCUACUCGAUCAUUCUGAUCAUUCAAAUGUUCAUCCUAGCAGUUUACACUGGGAUCACUCGUAUUAAAAAGCAGGCAUUUGCGAACCCGGAAGAUGCGGCCUCUGUGGGAGUAGAGGUGAAGCACAACGACCCUGAUGUGGAGAGAGUGCAUAGAGUCCACCUCAACAACCUGGAGAACAUUCCCGCCUUCAUUCUGAGUGGCUUGUUCUACACAGCAUCCAACCCCAAUGUGAUGAUAGCUUUGAUGUUGUUCAGAAUUUUCUUCGUUUUCCGAAUCCUGCAUACAGUUGCACAGCUGUUCUUGCAUGUCAGAAUGUUCAGAUCGAUUUGCUUCUUUGCCGCUCUCUUUAUAAACGUUUUCAUGUUAAUAAUGGCUCUGAUGGCGUUCCAUCAGUUCUAGACAAAAACAGGAAGGAUUCAACCAGUCAGAAAAUGGAGGGAAGUUACAGAGUUGUUGAUGGGGAUUUCAAUUAAACAAAAGAAAUUACUUCAAACUGCUUUAAGGUGCGUACAGAUUUACGCGCCGCAAAUACGAACAAUUCACUUUUCCUCCACCUACUGUCUAAAGAGCCUACUUUACUCCCUGAGACAUAAUACUAAAGUGUCACUUUUUCGCUCUCGGGAGGAAAAAACUCCCUAGAGCGUAAAAGUAAUUCCAUUUAAAUAACAUGGGAAGCAUCUCUAUUUUAAAAACUUACAUUUGAAAUAGGUUAGAAGGUCUAAGCUCAGAUGAGGAAGCAUAUAAAGAGUAGUCAUUGAACCAACUAAAUUAAAUACCUCAACCAGACAUGUGAUCAAUAUAUGAAACAUAAUAUGUUUCAUGCUAAAAUUAUUACAAACUUCAUAUCAGUAUGCUAUAAAAAUGUAUAUAUUUUUUAUAUUCUAUGUUAUUCAAAAUACUAGCCAACGAAUAUUCCUCAUUGACUAAACAAAUUUGAAACUGGAACUUAAUCAUAGUUGUAGUCAACCUCGGCCAUUGUUGUUACAACUUUUGCCGACAGAUGGCGCGUAGCGCUGUCGGCGGUUAACUGUGUGAUUACAAGCCAGCUGUUUAAUUUUUAGGUUUUGUUAUAACACAUUUUACUGGUCACGUAAGUUUUUAAAAAUUAUUUUAUUUGUAGUUUUUAUAAAAAUGUAGGUGGAGGAAAAAUGUUGUGUACAUCACAAGUGAAAAAUGUUUUUUCUCCCUCAGGAAAAUUGUUGCCCUCAGCUUCGCCUCGGGCUUCAAACUUUUCCCUCAGGGAGAAAAAACAGUACUUUUCAUUCUAGAUUAUAUAAAUUACUAUUUCAUCAGCUUAUAGUAUCUGUAAACAGAAACGGUAAGAUAGAGAUAUAAAAAGCUUGACAUCAGCUGAUUAAAAGUGAACUGCUCGUGUUUGCUGCGCAUAAAUCUGUACGCAUCUUGAAACCAGGUCCACUGAACAAAUGUUCGACGAAAAUGUUUGUUGAAAAAGUUUGGGCAAAUUUAAUUAUGUUUGACAAACCCUAUUUGCCCGUGGCCAGGUCACCAAACGAAAUAUAGUGGGGAGAACAGGUUUUUAUGCUUUACAAAAUGUUUGGGAAAACAGUAGUUUUUUGUUUGACAAACAAUGAUUGUCCAAACUUUUUAAAAUGUUUGUUCCUGAGCCCCUGAACAAACAUGUUUGCCGAACAUGUAUGUCAAACAUUUGUUCAGUGAGGACACGGCUUAAGAAAAGAAUAAUGGUGUUUAGAGGAGAAGAAAUAGGUGGGGAUUCGAAUAUUUGAGAGAUAACUUUAGAAAACUGACUGUUCAUUGGUUGAAUGGUGGAGAGGACUUUGAAGUUCUAAAAUUCUGAUAACGAAAAUUCAAACACAUUCCAUUUCAGAUUUCAAAAUAUGGACUAUCCAAACAGAUUUUAAAAAA